AUGUCAUAUCGUGGACGAGAUAAGGAGAUAGAACUCCCUAUUCACAAUAAAAAGGAAACUGUUAAUGCUCAUAAUAUCGAUCAUGCCAGAAAGCGAUGUACGAGGAAAGCAAUCCUAUGGAGAUACUUGACUUUUCUCUUUAGUUUGUGGUUAUGUGUCAUCCAAUAUUAUGAACGAUCAGUCAUCAAACGAACCAUGAAACGAUGCGCAUGGGAAAAGUGGGAGCAAUGGCCUGAAGUUACUAAUCUACACAGAGUCGCUCUUUUAGCCGAUCCCCAAAUAAUGGACGCCUACUCUUAUCCCGGAAGGCCGUGGAUCGUCAAUUACUUCACACAGAAAAUAUUGGACAACUAUCACAAUCGUAACUGGAGAUAUAUGCAGUACUAUCUAGAUCCAGACUCUACCUUCUUCUUGGGUGAUCUAUUUGAUGGUGGAAGAGAGUGGGACGACGACCAAUGGUUCGAUGAAUACAAAAGGUUUCACAAAAUAUUUCCAAAGAAGCCUAAUCGGUUAACGGUCAUGUCGUUACCAGGAAAUCACGAUAUUGGGUUUGGUGAUAAUGUUGUUGAAAAUAGCUAUAAGAGGUUUGAAACUUAUUUUGGGGAUACUAGCUCAUCUUGGAAUGUGGGAAAUCACACUUUUGUACUUUUGGAUACUAUUGCGCUGUCAGACAGUGUGAACUCCGAAGUGUCAUCAAAACCAAGGACAUUUUUAAAUAACUUUGAGCAUACAGAGCACUCAUAUCCUCGAAUUCUUUUGACGCACGUUCCCUUGUGGCGCAAUCCUGAUCUUCAAAAGUGCGGAAAGGAACGCGAAUCUACCAAACCGUUUCCAAUAAUGGUAGGCACUCAGUAUCAAACUGUAAUCAAUAAUGUUAUAAGUGAAGAAGUUUUGACCACUAUAAAACCUGAUCUCAUUUUUUCGGGUGAUGAUCACGACUACUGCUCCAUCAGUCAUUCAUACACCGUCAAUGGUGUAAAAAAGAGCGCCAAUGAAAUCACUGUAAAAUCAUGCGCAAUGAACAUGGGAAUUUCUAGACCAGCUAUUCAACUUCUAUCAUUGCAUAAUCCACCAUCAUCUUCAAACUCGGAGACAUACAAUACUAACAUAUGUUAUUUGCCCGAUCCAUUCAAGCCACUGAAAAUGUACGGCAUACUUACCGUAUUUACUGUCGGGUCUCUAUUAUGGAUGUGCUUUUACCCCAAAUCUUUCAAUAGAGUCAUUGCGCGUCGAUUACCAAGCAAAACGACGGUGGACCCUGCCUUAUUGCCUGUUUCUACCAAAAAGUUUGAUACUUAUUCUCAGAAGGACAGAAAGGCUAACACUUAUAUUAUUCAAGUGACACCUGGCCUGCGAGGGUUUCUCGUAAACGGAGGCUCAUUGCUAUUAGCAAUUUUUAUGAUGUUUAUAUAUUACUAUCGACAAUUUCAGUGA